AUGGUCCGGGACCUGUUUGCAAACAAAGUUCCCGAAAAGGGCACAUUGCUGGCUCAUGAUAACCCCGACCAUGAUCGUCUGAGGAAAAGCGUUGCGUCGUUCUUCGUACCACGGAGGCUGGAGCGGUUCGAGCCGAUGCUGCGUGCUGCGGCCCAUGACAUGAUCGACAAGUUCGUCGAUGAUGGAUCAGUCGAGAUCAAGAGCCAUUUCGCAAUACCUGUACCUCUUCGAUGCAUAGUGGUAGUUACAGGACUGGAUCCAGCCAAGUGGGAAUGGAUUGGACUUUGUCUCUCACUUUUCGGUGGCAUCACCAAAUCUGAAGAAAAGCUCAGCAUCCAGCAAAGGAACGAAAGAGACGCCGGCGUCGUAAAUGUGACGGACUUUGAACAUCUCAGCAUGUGGCGCGUGGUCACAAAGGAGACGAGACUCGAAGAAACGGUCUUGAAGCCAGGGGACAAGCUGUUCGUGGCACACAACUCAGGGAGUCGAGACAGCACCAAGUUCAACAACCCAGACGUUAUUGACGUCGACAGACGCCCCAAGACGCAGCACCUCGGUUUCGGUCGUGGUGUUCACGCCUGCUUAGGAGCCCCUUUCGCACGUCUCCUUCUGAGAACCGAGCUCUCGGUUCUUAACGAUCGCCUACCCAACCUAAGACUAGACACGCCAUACGAGACAAUCAGGUACAGCGAAGGCCCUGAAGGACGUGGGCCAGAGGAAAUCAAGAUGUCUUGGGACCCUCCGUCUCAGCAAGACACAAGCCGUGGUGUUUCAAUCAACUCAUCCAAAGCAAAAGCUGGAAAACCGCAGGACCUGGACAUGGUUGUUAGUGAUGUGGUCAACGUCACAUCUGACGUGAUGCAACUAACAUUACGGUCUAUCGAUGACUCCGAGGUGCCGCUGUGGACACCUGGAGCUCAUAUAGAUGUCAAGGCGGGCACCUUUGGCUUUCGGCAGUAUUCUGUAUGCUCGGGCCCAGAUGAUCGCCAUGUCCUGAAAAUUGCUGUUCUCGAGGAGAACAACACCGGGGCUUCUCACUUCAUCCAUGCCAACGUACGGAGGGAGUCUAGGAUGACCACCCGCGGUCCACGGAACAAUCUUGCCUUCGUGCCAGGCUCACGCAGAACCAUCUUCAUCGCCGCAGGAAUUGGAAUCAUACCUAUCAAGCCCAUCGCGGCGCAAGCGAAAGCCAGGGAAAUAGACUGCCUGGAGCCGGUGGUCGCUUCGAUCGAGAAUUUCGCCUGUUGA